CUCAAUUCUUUCCCUCCCCUCCCGGCACAUCCUUCCCUCACCCCGCCCCCACAACCCCAAAUCCCGUCCCCAAUAUGUUGCUCCUCCUCCUCGCCAUCCGACCUCUCCUCCGUGAAUGGGGGGGUGAGAGCCCCCCUCCCAAACUGCCUGCUUCUCCCGGAAGUGGAGCUUCUGCUCCGGUUUGCUGCUCUGCGCCGUAGCUCUAGGGGCGCGCGCUUUCGGAAAGGGGAGGAGGGGCGGCAGGGGAGGACACCCCCCCCCCGUGGAUAUUGCAGGAAAGGAAAGGAGAAUCGGGAGCGAGGACAAAGAGGGCUUGCUUUCACCUGCAGCAGAAUUCCCCAACCCACCAAGGAUUGGAGACCCAUCAGGUAUCCUCACCUGGUUUAGCCGGCCGGUUGAAACCGUUCCUGGGCUUGUGGCCCCUAUUCUAUCCUGACAGCUUCUGGAAGCCACAGUUCUCUUCCUUGAAACCCAAACAGGAUUUCCUUUCCUCCCACUCUGAAGAAGGAGAUGGAGAAGACAGUCAGAACUCCAGUGAAUGGGGCACCUUUCGUUUCAUUAGGAAUAGACAGUAAAAUGUGUGAAAUGUGGAAUAUGCUUCAUUGAAUGAGCACACAUAGUUCACAUCAACGACCUCCAACAGGGGAGAAACCAUUUAAAGUUAUGGAGUGUAGGAAAAGUUUCAGUCAGAGUGGACACCUCAAUAUGCAUCAACGGACACACACAGGGGAGAAACCAUUUAAAUGCAUGGAGUGUGGAAAGCGCUUCAUUAAGAGUGGACACCUCAAUAUACAUCAACGGACUCACACAGGGGAGAAACCAUUUAAAUGCAUGGAUUGCGAAAAAAGCUUUAUUGAUAAUGGAUCCCUUAGAAAACAUCAACGGACUCACACAGGGGAGAAACCAUAUAAAUGUAUGGAAUGCGGAAAGAGCUUUAGUGAAAGUGGAUCUCUUAGAAAACAUCAACGGACUCACACAGGGGAGAAACCAUUUAAAUGCAUGGAGUGUGGAAAGAGCUUUAGUGAUAAUGGAAAACUUAGAAGACAUCAACGGACUCACACAGGGGAAAAACCAUUUAAAUGUAUGGAGUGCGGAAAGAGCUUUAGUGAUAGUGAAACCCUUAGAAGACAUCAACGGACUCACACAGGGGAGAAACCAUUUAAAUGCAUGGAUUGCGAAAAAAGCUUUAGUGAUAAUGCAUCCCUUAGAAAACAUCAGCGGACUCACACAGGGGAGAAACCAUAUAAAUGUAUCGAAUGCGGAAAGAGCUUUAGUGAAAGUGGAACCCUUAGAACACAUCAACGGACUCACACAGGGGAGAAACCAUAUAAAUGUAUGGAGUGCGGGAAGAGUUUUAGUGUUAGUGGAUCCCUUAGAAAACAUCAACGGACUCACACAGGGGAGAAACCAUUUAAAUUCAUGGAGUGCAGAAGGAGCUUUAGUGAUAGUGGAUCCCUUAGAAAACAUCAGCGGACACACACAGGGGAGAAACCAUUUAAAAGUAUGGAGUGCGGAAAGAGCUUUAGUGAUAAUGGAAAACUUAGAAGACAUCAAUGGACUCACACAGGGGAGAAACCAUUUAAAUGUGUGGAGGGUGGAAAGAGCUUCAGUCAGAAUGGAGACCUUAAAUUACAUCAGCGGAUUCACACAGGGGAGAAACCAUUUAAAUGCAUGGAGUGUGGAAAGAGCUUCAGUUUCAAUGCAACCCUCCGAAGACAUCAACAGACUCACACAGGGGAGAAACCAUAUAAUUGUAUGGAGUGCGGAAAGAGUUUCAGUCAGAGUGGACAACUCAAUAUACAUCAACGGACUCACACAGGGGAGAAACCAUAUAAAUGUAUGGGGUGCGGAAAGAGUUUCAGUCAGAGUGGACACCUCAAUAUACAUCAACGGACUCACACAGGGGAGAAACCAUUUAAAUGCAUGGAUUGCGAAAAAAGCUUUAGUGAUAAUGCAUCCCUUAGAAAACAUCAACGGACUCACACAGGGGAGAAACCAUAUAAAUGUAUCGAAUGCGGAAAGAGCUUUUGUGAAAGUGGAUCUCUUAGAAAACAUCAACGGACUCACACAGGGGAGAAACCAUUUAAAUGUAUGGAGUGCGGAAAGAGCUUUAGUGAAAGUGGAACCCUUAGAACACAUCAACGGACUCACACAGGGGAGAAACCAUUUAAAUGCAUGGAGUGUGGGGAGAGCUUUAGUGAUAAUGGAAAACUUAGAAGACAUCAAAGGACUCACACAGGGGAAAAACCAUAUAAAUGUAUGGAGUGCGGAAAGAGCUUUAGUGAUAGUGAAACCCUUAGAAGACAUCAACGGACUCACACAGGGGAGAAACCAUUUAAAUGCAUGGAUUGCGAAAAAAGCUUUAGUGAUAAUGCAUCCCUUAGAAAACAUCAACGGACUCACACAGGGGAGAAACCAUAUAAAUGUAUCGAAUGCGGAAAGAGCUUUAGUGAAAGUGGAUCUCUUAGAACACAUCAACGGACUCACACAGGGGAGAAACCAUAUAAAUGUAUGGAGUGCGGAAAGAGCUUUAGUGUUAGUGGAUCCCUUAGAAAACAUCAACAGACUCACACAGGGGAGAAACCAUUUAAAUGCAUGGAGUGCAGAAGGAGCUUUAGUGAUAGUGGAUCCCUUAGAAAACAUCAGUGGACACACACAGGGGAGAAACCAUUUAAAAGUAUGGAGUGCGGAAAGAGCUUCAGUUUCAAUACAACCCUUAGAAGACAUCCGCGGACUCACUCAGGGGAGAAACCAUUUAAAUGCAUGGAGUGUGGAAAGAGCUUUAGUGAUAAUGGAAAACUUAGAAGACAUCAAUGGACUCACACAGGGGAGAAACCAUUUAAAUGUGUGGAGGGUGGAAAGAGCUUCAGUAAGAGUGGACACCUCAAUAUACAUCAACGGACUCACACGGGAGAAACCAUAUAAAUGUAUGGAAUGCGGAAAGAGCUUUAGUGAAAGUGGAUCCCUUAGAAAACAUCAACGGACUCACACAGGAGAGAAAACAUUUAAAUGCAUGGAGUGCGGAAGGAGCUUUAGUGAUAGUGGAACCUGCAGAAAACAUCAACAGACUCACACAGGAGAGAAAACAUUUAAAUGCAUGGAGUGUGGAAAGAGCUUUAGUGAUAAUGGAAAACUUAGAACACAUCAACGGCCUCACACAGGGGAGAAACCAUUUAAAUGCCUGGAGUGCGGAAAGAGUUUCAGUCAGAAUUUUGGACCUUCAAUAACACCAGUGGAUUCACACAGGGGAGAAACCAUUUAACUGUAUGGAGUGUGGAAAGAGCUUUAGUGAAAAUGGAACCCUUAGAACACAUCAUGGACUCCCACAGGUGAAAAACCAUAUAAAUUUAUGGAGUGUGGAAAUGUCUUCGAUCGGAGUGGAAAUUUUAGAAAACAUCAGCAGACUUACAUUGGAGAAACCAUUUAAAUGUAUGGAGUGUGGAAGGAGCUUUAAUGAUAAUGGAAAACUUAGAACACAUCAACGGACUCACACAGGGCUGCAGGCAGAGUGGAAUCCUUGAUUUUCAUCAACAAACUCACACAAGAGACAAACCAUAUAAAUGGCAGCAAAGGAGAUAAGAGUUUCAGUCCUAGUGAAAGUCCUGCAUCAACAGACUCAUGCACAGGAAGAACUUCAAUAUUUGCCACCCUACAAACUAUCAACAAACUCAAAGAGGAGAAGCAGUUUAAAUGGAAGGAUUACAGAAAGAGCUUUAGUUAUAAUGGAGUGUUUAGGAAACAUCUAGGGAGUCUCACAAGGGAGAACCCAUUUAGAUGUAUGGAGCACGGGACAUGUUCCACUCAGAGGAAA